AUGGAAUACGCAGAAACAGACUACGUGUUUUUGGUCGAUGUGGAUUUCGUCCCGAGCAUGAACCUUUCUGAAUCUUUGGAGGUUACGGCAUUAAAGCGGUUUGAUCCCCUAACCACAUAUGGAGACCGGUCUGAAUCCUCCCGCGGUGAGCGAAGGUGCUUCAUCGUACCAGCUUUCGAGAUCAAGGAAGGUAGGGACCCACUGCCGAACACAAAAGGGGAUCUGCUGUCCCUUUGGGGCCAAGGAUAUGUUCAGCCUUUUCGUCACGAAAUCUGGACAGCUGGACACACGGCAACAGACUACGCCAAAUGGAAAGAAAUAUCGGAACCGUAUGAGGUGAACUGGUCUGCAGACUACGAGCCAUACGUGAUGAUUCAGCGAAACGCAGUCAGGUUCGACGAAACUUUCGCUGGAUUCGGUUGGAAUAAAGCCUCCUUCUUUAUGGCUCUAGAUGUGCAACAUUAUAGGUUCACAGUGUUACCUGGUGUCUUUCUACUGCAUCUUCCACAUCCCCCCAGCAUCGAAGUUUUAAGAUAUCGGACAAAUGUUUUAUAUCGUUCUUGUGUGGAUCGGUUAAAGUUGGAUUACAUCAGAAAUCUGGCACGAGAACACGGUGUGCACGCACUGAAAUAUUUGGAAUUUCGCGGACACUCCGAGCGACUGAACAGCUGAUCCAAUUCACAUAUUUCUAAGAAUCCACUUAAUAUUUUUGCGUUCGUGACCCAGUUUUGUCUUCUUUCUGUCUAGAGCAGGACUAUAAUGUCGCCGUAGCGAUAUUCAUAACAGAUGUUCGCAGGAUGUAUUUCUAUAUGUUGCCAAGCCGUACCUUUGGGACACUGUUGUGUGAAAGAAUAAUGGUGUCUUGGUUAGUUCUUCACGUUACAAAGUACACCUCUUGUA